AUGAGAGAUUUAAAAUACCACGAAAAGAAACUUUUAAAGAAAGUUAAUUUAACAGAAUGGAAAACAACUAACACUACUAAAGAACAAUUGGUGACAAGUAAAUAUUAUUUACAUUCAAGAGAUGAGUAUGUUUAUUACAAUAGAAUUGUUGGAAUGAUAAGAAAAUUAGCGGAAUCACUUUCAAGACUGCCUCCAAAGGAUGCUACUAGAAAUUUUAUAACUAAAGCUCUACUUAACAAAUUAUAUGAAAUUGGAAUUAUUGAUCAAAAACUUUUAAGUGAGUGUACUAAAGUAACCGUUUCAUCGAUUUGUAAGAGAAGACUUCCUAUGGUUUUAACUUAUAAGAAAAUGAUACCUAAUUUUAAAGAUGCUGAUAAAUUUGUACAACAAGGACAUAUUGUUUUUGGUACCAAGGUUUGUAGAGAACCAUCUGUUUUGAUUAAAAGAGGAAUGGAAGAUUUUAUUAAAUGGAGAGAAGAUUCUAAGAUUAAAAGAAAGAUUGACGAAUACAAUGGUGAAUUAGAUGAUUUUUAA